AACCAUCAGGGGUCCUUCAGUGUCACGGGCGCUUGCUUGAAUAACCAAGUUUAAAAUAUACACGUGUGUUUACAAUUAUAUUUUCCGUUAAUCAGGAGGAUUUAAUAAUCGGUGAUGGAGGAGGUAGAUGUGGAGCCCAGUACCACGCUCAUUCCUGGCGCUGGGUUUCAUCAGAAGCACUUGGGGUUUGAGUGGGGGCCUGGAGAUCUGUUAGUCUACGAGACAAACUACAAACUUAAAGGUCCAAAAUCUGCGGGCUCUCCGUUCGUCCACAUCGUGAGGAAAGAUGAAGAUAUCUGCUCUCCGAUUCUGCGAAAGCUCUUCAAUGAGUCUCAUCACAUUUUCGUAGGGCUGCAGAAAAUCAAACAGGAUGUGCCGAGCAAAAACAAGAAGACACAGUUUGUGAGUAUCAGUAAGAACUACAGGUCUGUGAUCAGAGCCUGUAUGGAGGAACUGCAGCAGAAUGCAGUUGCAACUCAAGAUGGUUCUUUAGCCUCACAGUAUGGAGAUCAGGUGUCUAUUCUUUUGGCUAUUGAGCUUAUCUGGAACUUGUGUGAGGUGCUCUUCAUUGACGCAGCUCCAGCCGGCUCACUGCUGCUCCACCUGCUGGACUGGGUGCGUCUACACAAGUCUGAUGUGGAUGCCAGAGCGAGAGAGGUGCUGCAGAGCGACAGCCCCACCCGACAUCAGUCCUACUGGGACGUGGUGAUCAGUUUGGUUCUGCAGGGUCGUAUGGAUGAAGCUCGGCAGGUGUUGUCCAGACAGGCGUCUCUGCGGUCAGACAGCAGCUCUGUGUUCAAGCGUAUGGACACCCUGUUACACACCAUGCCUAUAUUUAAUCCCACUGGCAGUCAGACGCUGACAGAGUUUGACGUUAAAUGGAGACACUGGCAUAAAGAGUGUGACCGCUGUCUCCAGGACAACACAUUUGCUAGUAACCGUCACUUGGAGACCAUCUGCAAGAUUCUGGUUGGUGAUGAGGAUGCGCUGCUGGAACAGAAAGAGUUGUUGAGCACCUGGUAUCACUUCCUGGUGACCCGAUUGCUGUACUCUCACCCGAUAAUCAAACCACCCGAUCUGCACUACUAUGCACAAUCAAGUAUGAACAUGUUUCUGGGUCCGCGGGCGUCACCGGAGCCUCUGGACAUCAUCCUGCUCUCUGCGUUCGAGUUUGACCUCCAUCAGGUCAUCAAAGACUGCAGCAUCGCACUCAAUAACUGGUGGUUUGUGGCUCAUUUGACCGACCUGUUGGAUCACUGCAAACUCCUGCAGUCACACAACUUACAUUUUGGGUCUAAUCUGCGUGAGUUUCUAGUUUUGGAGUACGCAUCUGGCCUCUUCACACAUCACAGUCUGUGGCAGCUGGCGGUGGAUUAUUUUGAUCACUGUCCUGAGUUUGGUCGUGUGUAUCUGGAGCUUCAGAUCGAGAGAGUUCCAAUGGACACAGAACGCAAAGCCAUUAAAGUCCUGCGCAUCUGUAAAGACCGACAGAUGAAUGAACAGGUGCGCAGUAUCUGUAAGAUCAUGGCUAAAAAAGCUCUGAGGAACAACAGACUGGGAUCUGCUCUCUCCUGGAGCAUCAGAGCCAAAGAUGCUGCAUUUGCUACACUCAUAUCUGAGAGAUUUCUUCAGGAUUACAGUAAUAAAGGCUCUUUCACAGAUCUGGAUUUGUUGGAUAAUCUGGGUCCUGCCAUGCUGCUCAGUGACAGACUCACAUUUUUAGGAAAGUACCGUGAGUUCCACAGGCUCUAUGGUGAAAAGCGAUUCUCAGAUGCAGCAAAACUCCUGCUGUCGCUCAUGACAGCAAAGAUCGCCCCCCGCAGUCUGUGGAUGACACUGCUGACCGACGCACUGCCGCUACUGGAGCAGAAAGAGGUGAUCUUUUCUGUGGAUCAGACGUACGAGCUCAUGUCGUGUCUAGAGGAACUGACAUCAGGAACCAACGAGCCAAAGCAGGCGGCACAGGAGGAUGACAUAGAGUCCACAAAGAUGGAGCUGUUACGACUUGCUCUGGCCAGAAAUCUCGCCAUGGCCAUCGUGAAAGAAGGAACGAUAGAAACAUGAAUUCAUGCCAUCAUGAAUUUGAUACCAGAAACUCUGUGUACUGUACAUAAUUCCAUUUUUUUUAUAUAUAUAUAUAAAUGUUUUCCAAUAUUUGCAAAAUACAAUCGUCGUUCUAAUUCAUUUGUUGUCAUUUUAACAGGUCAUAUCGUGAAUAAUCUCAUUUGUUUUGCUCUUUUGAAUCAAGCAACCUUGACUGACAUUAUAGGUGGACUUCAGGGAUUCAAAUAACACACAGACUUCACAUUAAUCCGUUUAAAUAUUUUAUUCUGCAUGCAUCGGAACAACCGGUUGAUUUCAAGUAGGUGUAGCUGCAAGCCAGAGACCUCCAAAUGGGGCGGAAUCUCAAAGAGGGCGGGGUUACUCCAAAAAGGGGUUGUGCCAACUCCAAAAGGGGGUGUCACUUCCAUAUCGUCAAUGGCGAUUUGGAGCUCACGCCCCUUUUUGGAGCACUGCCUGCAGCUAUACCCUACUCAUUGAUUUGGACUGUUUACUGUACAGACAUGACUGACAUUACAUGUAUAAAUCCAGCUCACACACAGAUUUCACCAUUCAAAGCACUCCAGCGAUGAGUAGAACAUGUCAAGAGUUUAGAAGCAGCAUUCACGCAUUCUCACGUCAAAAGGAGAUUUUGAGAUUCUUAAAAUGAAUGUGUUGAACGGUAACAGACGUGUAUGCGGAAAUAGGUUUUUGCUGGCAUAUUUAGCUCAAUAUAACAGCUCACGACAGCAUCACAUCUCUGUCCUUUCUCCAUCAUCUCUUGUUCAUUUCUGUAUUCAUUUAAUUCAACAUAUCUCAAACCAGCUGCAGUUCUGGCACUGAUUGGAUGUAGUCUUUAAUGCAUUUCUACAUUAUGAUGCAUCAUGAUUAGGUUUGGAUUGUGGAACAGUGGAAUGUGUUCAGAUACCCAUGGUCAAUCUAACAGACAGAAAACAGUGCCCUUUUAUCCAUGAAUCUCUGAAUGAUCAAUGAACAAAUAAAGUGCAGUUUUGCUGUGUGUGCUAAUAAGGCUAAAAUAUGAAGCCACGGAUUUCCUACAGUAUCUAAGAUCACAUCAGGCCUUUGUUUGAUGAAAUAAAACUCUGUCCAUCUCUCUUAUCAAUUUUAAAACUAUGCUCAGAGGGCUUAACAUUACUAUCUCAACAUAACGGUCAACAGUUGAUAAAUUUGUGUAGUUAAUAAUCACAAACUGUACUCGGUAAACUAAUGCCGUUAUGGCCAAUAUCCUUCAUCUCAAGAGCUGCAUUCUGAAUAUCUCUACAUGUAUUUGGGCGAAUCUCACAAACACAUGUCAGAAACAUAUUUAACCCCAAAAUAAAAUAAUAUGUAACUUUAUUUAGCAUUAAGUAAAUGAAGCCUAUUUUUAGAACAUUAUUUUAAUGACAAUUAGGCAAUUACAUUUUCCACCCAAAUGCUACUGUAAUGCAAAAAAUAAACUAAUAUUAUAAAUUAAAUGUAAUAAAAUUAUUUGUUGUAAUUAGGUUUGUAAUUCUCAUUAGAUUAUCAUGACUGUUAUACAGACUGCCUGGACAAUUCAUAUUUAUUUUUUAUUUAAUUAAAAUUAAAUUUAAAUUAGUGCACAUACUAUCAUGGUAUAUACUUUACAAUUUAAAUUUUAUAUAUAUAUAUAUAUAUAUAUAUAUAUAUAUAUAUAUAUAUAUAUAUAUAUAAAAAAUGUUUUUUUUUUUUGCAUUACAGUACUGAAAAUGUAGGUGAAAAUGUGAAUUUGGGUUAUGAAAAUAAUGUCACAAUGACAAAGUUCUUAAUAAAAUAUAGUACAAUAAUUAGGGCUGUCGAUUUAAUGCAUUAAUUCAGUGUGAUUAAUUAUAUAAAAAUAACGCGUUAAAAAAAUCAUCACAUUUAAUCAUGCACCUGUACCUGCGCAAUUCAAGCUUGAAGUACCAUGUGUUUUCUCCAGGGGGCAGUAAGCAACACUCCAGCUGUACAGGCAAUGUGCAGCUUAUACAGAGAACAAACCAACCCUUCAGCACAACACGAGGACACGUUCUUGCCUACAAACACCGCUUGAUGGAGCGCAAAUCCAAACUAUAUAAUAUUAAACUACGUUUAACUUGACACAGUGAACUAAAAACAGUAUGUUUAUGACGCGACACAACCAAAGUGAGACGCUCCAAAAGCAUCCGCCUGACGCAGGUGUACACUGACACGUCCUUAGACAAACCCUCAUAAUAAAUCUCGGACUGAUUGAUGAAUUCAAUUACAAAAUGGUUUGCUGUGAACUGUAGGCCAAUGAUUGACUUAUGUUCAAUAAUAUGCAAAUAAACAAUAUAUUGGAUUCUAAAGAAACUUUUUGUAUUGUCUUAUCAACGCUUAACAUGUCUGCCACAAUAAUGUCAUUAGUUUUAAUUAUUGGAAUAUUAUUUUUUUUAAUAAUAUAUAUAUUUGUAAUUAUUUCAAUAUAACUAUUUAUAAUCAUUUCAUCAUUAUAUAUUGAAUUAUUGUUAUUUGAGGGGCUUUCUUUUCAUUUUUUCCCCCUUUUUCUCCCAAUUUGGAAUGCCCAAUUCCCAAUACGCUCUAAGUCCUUCGUGGUCGCAUAGUGAUUCGCCUCAGUCCGGGUGGCGGAGGAGGAAUCCCAGUUGCCUCCGUGUCUGAGACAGUCAACCCGCACAUCUUAUCACGUGGCUUGUUGAGCGUGUUGCCACGGAGACAUAGUGCGUGUGGAGGCUUCACGCCAUCCACCGCGGCAACCACGCUCAAUUCACCAUGCGCCCCACCGUGAACAAACCACAUUAUAGCGACCAUGAGGAGGUUACCCCAUGUGACUCUACCCUCCCUAGCAACCGGGCCAAUUUGGUUGCUUAGGAGACGGAGUGGAGUCACUCAGCACGCCCUGGGAUUCGAACUAGCGAACUCCAGGGGUGGUAGCCAGCGUAUUUUACCACUGAGCUACCCAGGCCCCUUUUGAGGGGCUUUCUUAACAAAUAUUUAUAUAUGCGAUUAAUUGUGAUUAAUCGGCAAUCGAUUGACAGCCCUAAUAAUAAUAAUAAUAAUAUAAUAAAAAAUUAGGCUUCAUUUUCUUUAUGCAAAAUAUAAUUUCUAAUUUCUUUCAUUUGAAUUUAUGGUGAAAUAUGACCUGGACCGGUUUCGUGAGAUACACCCAAUUCUGCUAAACUUUAGGAAGCGACGCAACGUAAAUAUGUGAUAUAAUUAAAUAAACUAAGCUAAUAUUGUCAAUAAAGGCCGUUCAAUAUCAGAGAUCUUAAAACUCAAAAAUCUCUGCUGAGUAAACUCCAAACGCUCAUCUAGCAGUCAUAAAUAAAAGCAGACACAGAACUGAACUUUAAAACAUAAGAUAAAAAACAUAAAAAUUAAGAAAACUAAUUACACUGAAUCAUUGUUCUACUCGGACUGUAUGUGUGUGUAAACUCGUUUUACUGCAGGUACAUUCUCACACUUUAAAAGCUGUCGAUCAGCUAUAGUUCUAGAAACAGCAAACUUCAAAUGCAUGUUUAAGAGUAUUUUAACAGCUGUAAUUGUCAGAAUAGAGUGAAAUAAUGGUAAAAAUAUACUCCACAGACAGCAGCAAGGUCAUGUGACACCAUCAGUAUCAUCUCAGCUUCUGAAUUUACCACAGUAAUUGUACUUCCUUCCAAAAUACCAUAGUUACUAUAGUUGUUACUUUCAACAAAUGGGUACAAAAAAUGGGUUAGUCUCUUUCUUUUCUUUCAACAAAGUAGUAGGUGCUUAACCUCAAGAAAAUGUACACUUUAUAUAAUAUACUUUAAUAAACAACCCUGUUACCACAAUUUGGGACAGUUCUGAAAACAGUGGCUGAGUUGUGUGGUUACUUUAGUUUUUUUAUCUGGCAAUAAACAUUCUAUCUAUCUGUCAAGAUAUACUGUAUAUAUACACCGAUGAGCCAAAACAUUAUGACCACCUGCCUAAUAUGGUGUUGAUCCUCCGCGUGCUGCCAAAACAGCACCGACCCGCCGAUGCAUGGACUCUACAAGACCCCUGAAGGUGUCCUGUGGUAUCUGGCACCAAGACAUUAGCAGCAGAUCCUUCAAGUCAUGUAAGUUGCGAGGUGGAGCCGCCGUGGAUCGGACUUGUUUGUCCAGCACAUCCCAUAGAUGGUCAAUCGGAUUGAGAUCUGGGGAAUUUGGAGGCCAGGGCAACACCUCGAACCCUUCAUCAUGUUCCUCAAACCAUUCCCGAACAAUGCGUGCAGUGUGGCAG